GUAUAAAAAGGAAAUAAAAACAAAAUAUAAAAUAAGUGUAAAUGAUACUAGGUAUUUAGAUAUUAGCUAAAAUAAUAACGAUUCUAUUUUCUUUAACUAUAAUGCUUACAAGGCAUUAUAGAUACAGCAAAAAAAUGUGAAAUAAUUUACAAAGAAAAUAAAAUACACAGGGAAUACAAAACGUACACAAUAACAAGAUAUACUGAUUCGUUUGUACCCAAAAAAGCCAUUGUUAUGAAAGUUUUGAUAAGAGAAAAAUGCAGUUAUAUACAAGUGUUAUUUUUCUUUACACUCUAGUCCAACCAAUAAAUUUACAGCUGCUGAUUAAUGUUAAGAAUCAAGGUGGCGAUGUUAUGCAGGAGAACAUAACAGCGAAUGUCUCGGAGGACACGGUCAUACUUGAUUUUUUGCGCUUGGAUGGAGUCUAUAUCUCGCAACUUGUCGACUUUACCAAUGAGGUGGAAGCUAUGAAAGUAGUGAUACCAGCAGAAGAGGAACUAGGCCAAAGUGGGUACCAAACACUGUGCUUCUUGACCCAUGCUGCACAGGCUGAUUUUAUUGCACCAGAUGCAAUGGCAAAAUUGCGGCAGAAAAACCCAGGAACAGUGCGUGUAGCAGAGGAGGAUAAGGGCUGGCGCCAGACAACGACCACAGCAUGGGCGGGACGCGCCGCACGACUUCUGUCACCUGCGGCCGGGAGGCACUGCGCCCCUGCUAGGAACCAUGUCUUCUUGAGGACUGCUGACCUGUCCAGAUGGGCACCGAGGCCAGGAAUGGCGCAGUUAUCAUAUUCAGCUGAAGUAACACCAUUUCCAGCCAACGCUCUGUCACCAGACACAUCUGAUGGCAAGCCGGGGGUAGCUCCAUGUGUGGCAGAAAAUGAUAGUGCCAAAGACUGUAUUUGUCACAUAGAGGUGUGUGUUAACUGGUACCCCUGUGGCCUGAAGUACUGCAAGGGCAAGCCGCAGGGGGGCAUGAGCUACCGCUGCGGCAUCAAGACGUGCCACCGCUGUUACCGCUACCAUUACUACGUGACCCGACGCGAUGCCUGCCUCAGCUACACGUGACAGUGCGCCAAUCGACCGCCGCCCACUUCCGUGUGCCAAACUAUCUCCCGACUCACGCCCAGUGCAGCUUCCUGACUUUGAAGCAAGAGUAUCACCAGUUUUUAUUGUGUUCAGUGCUACGGAUUUGUUGUGGGAUUUCAUGUUAAUAACUAGAAAUUGUAGUUUCACUGAAUGUGUUAAUCAUAUGAUUUCCAGUGAAAAUACAACUUGUGACUGACAAGAUGAUUGUUGAAUCACACUAUUUCCUAGGUAUGUAAUUUGCCUUUUACACACUAUAAAGUACCAUCUUAUUUUGUUUAGCUUAAAUACCAUUGAAUUAUUUUUUCUUCCAUGUUGAUUUAUCAGAUGUGCAGCUAUAUGUUCAUACAAAAUGAUGGUUAGUGCAAAAUGUAAUUUUUCUAUUAUAUUGGAGUGAUAAAGUUCUUGUAUCUUAAAUGCUGUGGAAUUGGAUUCCUGUAAAUUAAGAAUAAAACUUUUUGUAUGAUGUUUAUUGAUUUCUA